CUCGGCACGGCCCGGGGGACCCCUGGAGAGCCCGGUGGAGGAGGAGUCGGGGCUGUGGGGACAGGGCAGCAGCAGAGCACCACGUCCCCAGGCCUUGGGGGUGCCGCCAGCCAACCUGCACCUGCCACGCAAGAGGGGCAAGGACCCAAGCGCUCGUUGGGCACCGCCAAUGCUGGCUUUGUGGAGGACCCGCCGCCCUACUCUCCUCCAGACCCAAAGAUGCUUCACUUGCUAUACCCGCCGUUCCAGGCCCCUGACUCAGGACAAGUGCCCAUCACGUACCAGCCAGGACCCAUGCACCACCCUGCCUGCUCCCAGUCGAAUCUACCUCCUGUCUUCUUCCCUUACACGAUUUACAACGGGCCGCCUGGCACUGGGCUUCCGGCACCUGUCAACAGGAGACGUCCGCCCAAGGACUACAUGGUGGAGUCCGUGCUGGUGAUGAUCUUCUGCUGCUUACUGACGGGGAUGAUCGCUCUUGUGUACUCCCAGGAGACACGAGCAGCCCUGGGCAGAGGAGACCUCAUCCAAGCCAAGCUGGCAUCCAGGAAAGCUCGGACCCUGAUCCUCUUCAGUCUGCUCUUCGGCGUGUUUGUGUCUGUCAGCUGGGUCAUCUACGUGGUGGUGGCUCUCUACGUAUGACCAUGCCCGGGAGACAACAGGAUGCAGCACGUUCUCUGCAGAGCUCAGCACUGCCGUCCACAUGAGCAGCAAAGGGACACAUACCUAGCUGGGGGCUAAGAGGAGUGCAGUGGUACAGAGAUCAGAGGGUCUCCCCCACCUCUGCCCCAGUGGCCAGCAGGGAUUGCACAGCACGGGCACGUGCUUCGGCCUGUGUUUGGCACUGCAUUUUCUUCCUUCAGUGCAGUGACCGUACAGGCCCUGCGGUAGCCACAGCCAACCCAACCCAACCGCUUGCACCCAGAGAGCAACAGUCACAAGGAAGCAGCAAAGCCAACAAGAACAAACUGCCCUGCCUCAUCCUGCCCCAGGGGACGGGAAGAUAAAGUGACCCAAGCUCCCCCAGGCUGACUGCCUCAUUGCUUCACUAGCCUGGUCCCAAUCCCAAAACGAGACCUCACCCCUAUGCCAGGUAUCAGGCUGCAACAGCUGCAGGACCCAUCAGCCUCCGUGGCCUCAUUGAGACCCUGGGAGCUCCAUUCCCAGAGCAGCUGCUUAAGGGGAAAGCAAUGAAAGCCCACAGUAGGAUGAAGCCAGGGAGGCUGCAGUAGUGGAGCCCUCCCCUGACAAGGGCAUCCCACGAUAAGUUCACCCUUGUUUCACAGCAUCAGAAAAACCGAGCCUGGAGGACUUUUGCUUUGCUCGUGCUGAGCAAUGAUCUCCCUAGAAACAUCAGAGCAAUAGGAGUCGGCAGAGGGAAAAGCCCCGCGGGAUCAGCUGAAUUACACUUCCCCUUGCCGCACAAUUUGUUUUGGACAAACACCCAAAAGAGUAUCCCAUUUUAUUGGACUGACACAAGAGAUGCUAUGAGCCUACCUGAAUAUAAGCUUCUAACACCCAGAAUCCAGGUUAAAAGCAGAGACCAGCCAACAGAAGCUGUAACCCGAAAGGCAGUGUUAUUUCUGGAUUCCCUAGGCAUCACAGCUCAAAAAAGCUCAUUAUAAAACACCCUCUUUUUAAAAAAAAAAAGGAAAGAAUUUAAGAAACUCUAUUACAGGUCUGUAGCUUCUAUGCAGGGAAGCUACAAAUAAUUUUC